CAGAAGGGGCAGUUCUGUAAAUCCAGUGUUUACCCUUCGAGACAAGCAAAACGGUAUAUACAAAAUUCGGCAUUUCCUUGAGUCCAUGAAAUCCUAGAUGGCGGGCCGACAAAUUUGGAGGUCACUUUCUCUUCUUGCUGCCAAGCCAUUUCAGAUUUCUCGCGGCGCAGAUCUGUCUUUGGGAGUCUCUCAUAGCUUUGAUGUUUUUAGAAGCAGGACCCAAACUACUGUGGCAAAGCCACCCAAUGAGGAGGUGGCUGUUGUGAAAGAUGUAGAAGUGCAAGAAGAUUCUUCUUCUAACUCCAUGAAAUUGAGUAGUAACAACAUCUCCAACUUGAAGAUGACUUCCCCCAGGCAUGAUCUUGCCAUGAUGUUUACUUGCAAGGUGUGUGAAACAAGGUCCCUUAAGACCUGUUGUCGAGAAUCAUAUGAGAAGGGGGUGGUUGUAGCACGGUGUGGUGGAUGCAAUAAUCUACACUUGAUUGCUGACCAUCUUGGUUGGUUCGGAGAACCAGGAAGCAUCGAGGAUUUUUUGUCUGAACGUGGUGAGGAAUUCAAGAAAGGUUGUGUUGAAACAUUAAAUUUGACCCUGGAGGACUUGGCUGGAAAGAAGUUUGAAAACCUAACUUAGUUUCUUGUAAUUUUUUUUCCUUUUUGGUAUUCAUUUUUAAUGGAAAAUGUUUCCUAGUGUUUGGAUUGGGUCAUAUUUAGCUUUUAUAACUUGCUUUUGUUACAGUAAUUGAGUUCAAAUAGGAAAUUAUAGGCAAUGUAAUAUCUAUUCAAUCUGGUAUCGUUAAAGUGAGAAUUAUAUGCGUUCUA